ACGAAGGCCAUCACCGCGGCGCAUUUUAGCACACGCCUUAUUUUAUAGAGUUCCUCUUCAUCAUUCUCACCUUUCAAGAUUAUGCAGUAGCUCCAGUCCGCACUUCUUCUCUCUCUCAUCAAUCAGAAUAUGAAGCGAAGAAUGCCGGUGAGCUGAUCUACUCUCCUCUCUCUGCAUGAGGCAAUAGCUAUCCGCAUUGAUAUACAGAACAUUGCAUCGAUUACCCUACUUCAAGCAGCAGAUCUGUAUCGGCCGCAGUUUGCGGUAGGGAGAAAUGAUGAAUCAGCCGGCGUUUAUGCUGUCUAGAAACGGAAGUUUCGGAGCUGAAAACCUAGGCGCGAAUGCGAUAGCCAUGAUUAAAAAUCUAUGUUUCACUCUAUUUGUUGUCGGUGUUCUCGUAUUCACUAUAAUCGCCGCGACCUACCAGCCUGAGGAUCCACUGUUUCACCCUUCCUCGAAAAUGACGACAUUCCUCACAUCGAACUCGAACGCCACCUUCAAAUCUGACAUCGGCGUUGUUAAGACCGGAGAGGACUUCGUCGCCUCGAAUCAGACGGCGUUUGAGACGUUUAUCAACAUUACUGAUGUUGAUAAUGCGGCUCAAGCCACCACCACGCCUGAGGAGACCGAGGCAACCUCCGAGACUGGUGAAUGUAGGACCGAUGAGCCUGUUAAUUGUCGCGAUCCUGAUGUUUUCCAUCUCUUGAUGAGGUUUACCAUUGAGAGGUUUCAAGACAUUCAUUUCUAUCGAUUUGGAAAGCCGGUGGCUGGGAACAAUGCUAGUUCUUGCCACAUGGCGUGGCGGUUUAGGCCGAAGGAAGGGAAGGCAGCUGCAUUUUACAAGGAUUAUCGGAGUUUUGCACUUGUUAGGGCUGAGAAUUGCACGCUUACUGUUGCUGGGAUUGGGGAUUAUCACUCGGGUGGGAAUGCUAGGAAGAGGAGAGGGAGAGGGAGGGGGAAGAACAGGGAGAAAGAUAAGGAGGUGUUUGAGAAGGUUCCAGCUAAGGUAGAUGAGAAUCCGGUUGCCUUGCCGGAUGUUGGGGAGAUUGUUGAUGAUUCUCUUCCUACAGUUGAGUCGGAGGGUUCGUUUGGGCAUGGUAAGUACUUGAUAUACUCUGGUGGAGGGGAUAGGUGCAAGAGCAUGAAUCAAUAUCUUUGGAGUUUCAUGUGUAUGUUGGGUGAGGCACAGUACUUGAACCGGACGCUGGUUAUGGAUCUGAGCAUGUGUUUGUCAAAGAUGUACACUUCGUCUGGUCAGGAUGAGGAAGGGAAAGAUUUCAGAUUUUACUUUGACUUUGAGCACUUGAUGGAUUCGGCCCCAGUGUUGGACCAAACUCAGUUUUGGUCUGAUUGGGGCAAAUGGCAAAAGAAGGAUGGGUUGAGUCUCCAUCUCGUGGAGGAUUUCAAGGUUGCACCUACGAAGUUAGCCAAUGUCAAGGACACUGUGAUCAUGAGGAAGUUCGGGGCUGUGGAGCCUGAUAACUAUUGGUACCGUGUUUGUGAAGGAGAAGCAGAAUCUGUCAUUCAACGGCCGUGGCAUAUGGCUUGGAAGUCCAGAAGGUUGCUGGACAUCGCCUCUGCUAUUUCAGCUAGAAUGAACUGGGAUUUCGAUGCUGUUCAUGUCGAGAGAGGGGAGAAGGCAGCCAACAAGGAACAGUGGCCGAAUCUUGAAAGAGACACUUCUCCAGAAGCGCUUUUGUCAGCUUUAAAUUACAAGAUUGAAGAUGGAAGGAACCUUUAUGUUGCGACAAAUGAGAAGGAUACAUCCUUCUUUGAUCCUUUGAAGGACAAAUACUCCACACACUUCCUCGACGAGUACAACGACCUGUGGAAUACUGAGAGUGAUUGGUACGCUGAGAUGACGAAGCUCAACAAUGGAAAUCCAGUGGAGUUUGAUGGUUACAUGAGGAUAUCUGUCGACACUGAAGUGUUCUUGAGGGGGAAGAAGCAGAUUGAGACAUUUAACGAUCUCACCAAGGACGGGAUCAAUACGUGCACGACGUCUGCUAGUUAAAAUUGCAUACAGAAAAGGUCCAAUCUUCAUUCAUCCUUUGUUUUGGAACAAUGGCAUGUGUACUAUUACCUCUCUUUGUGCUUCUUGCUAGGUUUUCCUUUUAAGUUGGUUGUUGUUUCAUUAAUGGUAGAUUAACGUUAUAAGAUCUCGGGAUUACUGGUAUUUCGAAGGGACACAGAUAGAUUUGUUUCAUUUGUUGGUUGUUCUUCUGCAUAGUACUAAACUUGUUGCAUAUGUGCAAUGUGCUAUCCAUUUUGAGGUAUAAGCAUCAGAACCUGUGUUUGGACAUGGAUAUUUAUGAUGUUUUCUUCAUUUGGUUGGA